AUGUUCACACCUUCUCGAUUUACUCAACAAACAAGAAAAUACAAUUCCAUUGACAACAUUAGUGUACCUAGUAUUCAUGGCAAUAAAGAACAAUCUCAACGCAAAGAAGCUAUUCAGUCGUUUAAAACUAGUCGUACACGAAUUCUUGUGUCAAAUAUUGUUUCUGUGCGUGGCAACGAUAUUUCAAAUAUUCAGCAUAUUAUUAAUUUCGAUUUCCCAAAUGAUAUUUAUGUGUAUAGAGAAUGCAUCGGACGAAUAAAUCGCUAUACUGGUGAUAGCGAAUGGACCAUUUCCGUUAAUUUGAAAUUAACGUAA